AUGCUUCCAGGGUCUAAAAGGUCCCAUCCUCUUAAUGAAGCUGCUUCUCGGUAUACAAUUCCUCUUGGAGAUCUCGUAGGCUUGAAACAUUCGGGAGUGCAUCUGGUCACGCUAAAAUCUGGAGACACAAGUUCGGUUGAUCACUUUCAUCAUCAUACUGAGGAAUGGAUAUACAUUUUGGACGGCCAGGGAGUAGCGUGCAUAGAUGGUAAUGAUAUUCCUGUGGAAAAGGGCACAUUCCUUGGAUUUGUAAGGUCUACACGUGGCCCAUCGCACAAUAUGAAGAAUACCUCGGCCUCUGACCUGCUGUAUCUCUGUGGAGGUGAACGACGUGAUUUUGAUGUAUGUGUGUAUCCCAAAAUCAAUAAGAUAAUGGUAAACGAAGGGGGUGAUGACGGAUUUGACGGAUUUAGAAGGAAAACGUUCGUCAACACGGAACAUAUGCUCAUAUUGCAUGAAGAGGCUGGAUAUGGCAGUAAACGAAAGUAA